CGGCUGCCCCGCGCCCCCCUCGCGCGCCAGCCGCCGCCGCCCGGCCCGGCCAUGGGCCUGCCGGCCCCCAGCCAGCAUUACUUCCGCUCGGACAGCAGCGACUCUUCGGCGUGCAUGAUGGGGCCCUCGGACGACGCCGAGGUCCCGCGGAGGAGGCAGGGGAGGUCGGGCUCCUGCAGCCCCCUCUGGCUCGCCACCGCGGCCAUGGCCAUCCUGGCGCUGCAGGUCGCCUCCACCACCGGCCUCUUCGUCUACUUCACCAUGUCCAUCUCCAAGUUAAAGACCCAGGCCCAGGGGGUUCCAGAAGAACUGAAGUGUCUCCAGCUGCUCAACAGCCUGCAGGAGAACCCGAACCUGGAGGAGCUGAUCAACAACCAGACGUGCCUCAAGCUCAUGGGUAGCAUCAAAUCCUACGUGACCUCGGUGACUGAGAACGUUCUCCUCCGGCGUUUACAGAAAGGCACCGCUACCAGCGUGGAGGGGCAGGCCCUGAUGACACACCCAUUCUCCACAGGAGCUCAGCCCUCAGCCCAUGUCACCCUCAUCCCCUACACUUCCAGUAUGGGUAACCUUGACCACCUCGGGGAGCUGCCCCAGUCCUGCCGCUACCCCCUGCACAAUUGGGAGUCCCAAGGCCUGCUCUCCCACCUUCGGAAUAUCACUUUCAAGGCAGGAACGCUGCGGGUCAGCCAAGGGGGCAAGUACUACGUUUACUCCCAGGUCUACUUCCGCUACCCAGCAGAGGCAGAAGGGAACCAGCUCACAAGCCAGCAGCUGGUACAGUGCAUCAGUCGGCAGACGGCCUACCGCCAGCCCAUCCUGCUCCUGAAAGGUGUGGCCACCAAGUGCUGGUCUCCAGAGGCCGAGUAUGGCCUCCACGCCAUCUACCAGGGGGGCCUCUUUGAGCUGAAAGCAGGGGACGAGCUCCUGGUAUCCGUCUCUUCCCUGGCCGUGGAUGAUACCGACGGCACCUCCAGUUACUUCGGGGCCUUCCGGUUGGCCAUGUAAGACGCCUCUGGCUCCGGUUUGGGGAGUGUUAGGACCCUGCUUUUCCUCUGAAAUUGACUUAGCUGAUUGAACUGCCUAAUGGGCUUCCAUAGCCGGCCCUCCCGGAGAGCCCAGGACCAACUCCAUCCCUGGGAGCCAGUGGGCUGAGCUGUGGUAAGAGCAUCUCUCUGACCUGGGAAGUCUCCUUAUCCGGGCCAGGAUUCUCUUUGAAGUUCUAAUAAUUGGACUUAUACAGAUAGCUUUUAGCUAGUUCUUUCAGGCAAAAGAGAGGAAGGACUGUGGGUAGCUUUUACUAGGAGAUGGGACCCCAGAUUUUGAGUCCCUCCCUCAUCUCAAAUUUCUGUCUUUUAGCCUUCAGAAACAGGGAAAAUUUUAACUGCCACAUUAAAAAGAAAAACCCGACGUUUUCUUGGAAACCCAGAACGGGCCAAUUUGGAUCUACAGAAACCCCUUAAUUAAGGCUGGAGAACUGCUAAAAAACAAAAAGAAAAAAAUAUUUUUUAGCCGAUCCUGCUGCUUUUGAGAUUUUUCAUUAAGUUGCUUUGCAAUCUCAGGAUCUAAUGUGAGUUAGCCUGUUGUAUUUUUCCCCUCUGCAGGCUUGAACUUGAGACUUGCAGAAAAGCUGCAGAAAGAAAAACCUUUUUCUGUGGGAUUUUCCAUGCUUCUCUCCCUCAGAAAGGCUUGUGCAAUCUGUCGUAGCUAAGCUAACUUCCCUGUCGCAGCUAAGCUAGCCUGGAUUCUCCUACAGUUUAUGCUGGUACCCCAACAUCUUCAACAUGACAUCUCUGGUGUGGAAAGUAAGCUAAUCACUAAGCCACUCCCCACACACACAUCUAGGCCCAGAAUUCUCAGAUCCUCUCCCCCCAGAUCCUGAAGUCUGCCAAUUUCUUAAAGCCCCUUUUCCAGCCAAAUGGACCUCCCCAGGUUCCUCUCCCUUGUCUUUGUGCCUGUGUGUAAAAGCGGUCAUCAUGCACCCCGUGAGAAGUCUCUUCCCUUCAGUCCCAGCUGCAGAAGAGUUGAACAGACAAGUAGAAAUAUAGACGAUUAAUGAAACUUGGAAGGGCAAUUUUCUGCCAUUUUAAAUUUGGGGACUCUGUGUGUUUUUAAUUUGAAAUUCUGAUUCUAAAAUUGUACGAGGUGAUUAUUAUUAACUAGUGUGUUCUACAAUUGUGAAUUCUGAGUGUAAGAUCUGAGAAAUUUGUGUGCAAAUAUUGAAGUAUUGCUACUGGAAAUUUCAAUCUGUAUUUGAUUUGAUUUUAAGCAAAAACUGGGUACUAAACCAAAGUUCUCUGGUAACUUACUCAAAGAAGUCUCAUGAGAUAAAAUAUGUUUUAAGGUGUUAGAUUGUUUUCCAAAUUUUAUAUGUACAAUUAUAAAAAAUAUAUAUAGCAUGAGUUACGGUUUAAAAUUCUGUCAGCCCUGCUGGACAUGUGCUUAUUUGGUUACACAAAGUUUUCAUUCGAAAUUAUUUCGUUAUCAUCUAUAUUCUGAAUUUUAGAAUCAUCUUGGUUCUUUAACAAAAAAAAAACUAUCUGCUGAUA